UGCUGCAUUGAUUUUGCCCGCACGUAAGACGUAAGACGUUGGUGCGGCUCUCCUUUUUCCUUGUGUGUGUUUGGGGUGAGAAAACGAGAAGGGUCGGGAGAGAAAAUAAAGUGAGAGAAGAAACGCAAUGGGAGGUUGCGCCAGUAAGCCCAAGGUCGCCGAGGACAAUCCCGAUCAGAAAAGGCCCCAACCUCAACCUCAACCUCCGAUUCCCAACAAAUCACGCUCUCUCAGCCUUUUGUUCAACCAGAAUGAAGAUACAAAUGCUUCCACAGAAAACGAGAAAACCACAGUGGAGGAUACUAAAAUCAAUGUGCCAGCAGUUAAACCAGAAUCUCCAAAGCCAGAGGAGAAACUGUCUGAGGAAAGUAAAAACAAUGAAUUACCAAAACAAGAAUACGAGACUUUGAAGACAGAAACAUCACAAGCUGAGAAACCUUCAGAUGAAACUCGUAUCAAUGAACGGGCCAACGAAACAGUGAUUGAGUCACAAGCUGAGAAGCCUUCAGAGGAAAUUUAUAUCAAUGAACCAGCUGAGAAAACAGUGAAAUUAGAGGUACCAGCUGAAAAACCUUUAGAGGAAACUUACAUCAAUGAACCAGCUGAGAAAACAGUGAAAUUAGAGGUAAAAGCUGAGAAACCUUUGGAGGAAACUUAUAUCAAUGAACCAACUAAGGAAACAGUGAGACCAGCAUCAGGUGCUGAGAAACCUUUGGUGGAAACACACAUCAAUGAAUCAGCUAAGGAAACAGUGAAACCAAGAUCAGAAGUUGAGAAGCCUUUAGAGGUAACUCACAUCAAUGAACCAGCUAAGGAAACACUGAAACCAAAGCCAGAAGCUGAGAAACUUUUUACAGAAUCUCGUAUCAAUGAACUAGUUGAGGAAACAGCGAAACCCAACUCAGAAGAUGAAAAACCUUUAGUGGAAACUCACAUCAAUGAUCCGGCUAGCGAAACAGUGAAACCAAAGUCCGUAGCUGAGAAACCUUUAGAGAAAACUCAAAUCAAAGAACCAGCUAAGGAAACAGUGAAACUAAAGUCAGAAGCUAAGGAACCUUCAAAAGAAACUCAUAUCAUUGACUUAGCUGAGAAAGUUGUGAAACUAAAGUUAGAAGCUGAGAAACACUCAAAGGAAACUCAUAUCAAUGAACUAGCUAAGGAAAUAUUGAAACCAAAGUCAGAGGCCGAGAAACCUUCACAAGAAACUCAUAUCAAUGAACUAGUUGAGGAAGCAGUGAAACCCAAGUCAGAAGCUGAGAAACCUUUUGUGGAAACUCACGUCAAUGAACCAACGAAGGAAACAGUGAAACCAAAGUCCGAAGUUGAGAAACCUUUAGUGGAAACUCGUAUCAAAGAACCAGCUAAGGAAACGGUGAAACCAAAGUCAGAGGCUGAAAAACCUUUAGGGGAAUUUUACAUCAAUGCACCAGCUAAGGAAACAGUGAAACCAAAGUCAGAAUUUGAGAAACUUACAGAAGUAACUCAUAUCAAGGAACCAGCUGAGGAAACAGUGAAACUAGAGUCAAAAGCUGAAAAAUCUUUAGAGAAUACUCAUGUCAAUGAAUCAGCAAAGGAAACACUAGAACCAGAGCCAACAGCUGAGAAAUCUUCAAAGGAAAACAAUCAAAGCAGCCAGCCACUGAAAGAAGAACAUGUAGGAGUCAAGAAGACAUCUUCAGUGGAAACACAAAGCAAUGAGCCCAUCAAACACAAAGAGCCUAUUGUACCAUCAGAAGCAGGAAAGCCAUGGGGGGAAUUCGAAAAGAAUGAGUUGCAAGCUAAAAAAUCUCCGGUUCCCAUUGCAGAUAGUAUAGACACAAAGGUGGAUCCUUUUCCUAAGGAGAUAUUAACUAAAGUAGUUCCAGCAGAUGCAAAGCCUGUGGAGAAGAUAAAAAAGGAAACUACAUCAAGCAUAGAAGAGAAAAGCCAUAUUGGGAUGGAGGAUGCAUCCAGGGCUACUGAUGCUGGCAGUGUGAUAAAUGAUAAUCAUUAAAACCUGAAAUAUGAAUCGAACCAUGAACAAUUCGAAACAUUGCAGAGUUUCAGAUUGUUCUCUGGUUCGUGUCAAACAAACUGUUGUGUGAGAUUUUCCAACUACAUUUUCCUAUUAUUAUUAUUAUUAUCAUAAUUAUUAUUAUUAUAAUUAUUAUUAUUUCAUAUUUAGUUUGAAGAACCGAAUUUUGUUCCUGUCAAGUCACUUAUUUUUCUAUCCUAUUAUUGUUGAUCUGUACUGGUAUUUGGUAGGUUAAAUUCACCAAUGUAAAUUUCAAUUUCGUUGUGA